AUGUAUAUACAGACCUUCGCUCUGGCCGCUCUGGCCACUUGCGCUCUGGGAGCCGUGAGCAAUCCUCACCACAAGGCGCAGCAAUAUGCGCGACCUAAGGUCGUUGCGCGCACACCUGAACCACGAAGGCUCGAUAAGCGUGCAUCCAGUCCUUUCUUAACGAACAAAACAGAGCAAUUCUCCGUGAAUGGCACCGGACUGCCCGAGAUCAACUUCGACGUCGGCGAGUCAUAUGCUGGGACCCUUUCGAUCAACAACGACACCAGCAAUGAGAACGCGCUUUUCUUUUGGUUCUUCCCAUCUGAUAACCCAGAUGCUUCCAAUGAGAUCACAAUCUGGCUAAAUGGCGGUCCUGGCUGCUCGUCACUGGAUGGCUUCUUCCAAGAGAAUGGCCCAGUGUUAUGGCAAAGCGGGACGUACGAGCCGCAGCCUAAUCCGUUCAGUUGGACGAACCUGACCAAUAUGGUGUGGGUGGAUCAACCUGUUGGCACGGGACUCGGCUCCUAUGCUGAAGGCUAUCCCGCAAACAUCACCAACGAGAUGAUCGUUGGCGCCAACUUCGCAGGCUUCUGGAAGAACUUCAUCGAUACGUUCAAUAUGACUGGGUACGAUGUCUACCUCACUGGGGAAUCCUAUGCUGGCCAGUACAUCCCAUACAUCGCACAGACCAUGCUUGAGCAGAACGACACUGAAUACUAUAACGUCAAAGGCAUUCAGAUCAAUGAUCCUUCGAUUGGAGACGACGCUGUGCUCAUCUACGCACCGUCGGUCACGCACAUGAACAAAUAUCUCCCGGUAUUCGGUCUGAACGACACUUUCGUUGAGUCUGUCAAUCAGCGCGCAGAGCAAUGCGGCUACUUCAGUUUUAUGGAGGAAGCUCUGACUUUCCCGCCCCAGAGCAAGUUCACUGCCCCAAAUAUCAGUGCUGAGGGCUGCUCUAUCUGGGACGACAUCAUUACCGCCUCGAUCUACGUCAAUCCGUGCUUCAAUUUCUACCACCUCACAGAUUACUGUCCCUUCCUCUGGGACGAGAUGGGAUUCCCGUCUCUCGGAAUCGGCCCAAACAACUACUUCAACCGCUCAGACGUCCAGGAAGCGCUCCACGCUAAGGCUGACUACGCUGUCUGCGGUGAUAACUCAUUAGGACUGCUCGAUCCUGGCGAUGAGUCUCUGCCCAGUUCUUUCACCGCCCUGCCGUAUGUGAUCGAGCGAACCAACAACGUCAUUGUCGGAAACGGGCUCUUGGAUUAUCUCAUCAUAGCCAACGGCACGCUUGCUACACUCAACAACAUGACCUGGAAUGGUGCUCAAGGCUUCUCCGAGGCGCCCUCUGGCAAGUUCUUCGUCCCGUACAACCCAUCUAUCGGCGAAGUUGUUUUGGAGACGACAACCCAGCCCAUUCCGGCAAUCCCUGUCGGUCUUGUCUCUGGCGGUGGCACACUGGGUACCACGCACACCGAACGAGGCCUGACCUGGGUUACGGUCGAUCUGGCUGGACAUGAAAUUCCACAAUACGUCCCGAGUGCUGCCUACCGACAGCUCGAGUUCUUGUUGGGCCGGAUCGAUAAUCUGACGACCAUUGAUGAUCACUUUACUACGCAGACAGGUAAUUAUUCUGGUACUUCGCCACCAAGUCCGGACUACUCGGACAGCAAUUCAAGCGAAGCUGCGGGAGCGUACCUUCCACGACGAGCGGCGGGCAGUGGGCCUCUGUGGUAA